AUUGAUUUGCAUACUUCAUAAAGAUCUUUUUUUGAUGGAAAUAAGAUAUAAUUUCAAAUUAAAUAAAUAAUUUAAUAAUAUAAGAAGAUCAUUUGAAAUAUAUAAAAUGAAUAAAAAGGUUAUUUUGGUUUUAGCAGUCAUUUUAGCAGUUGCUUUGUGCGAAGAGUCUCUUGCUAAGUAUUAAUUCAUUCCUAAGGUUACUCAACCCCGUCAAAAGGCUCCUUUCUUCUCUGCAAUUGCUGUUCAACCUAAUGGCAAGUUCGAAACUGUAUCAUUGAAUCAAUAUGCUGGAAAAUACUUAGUUAUUGUUUUCUAUCCUUUCGAUUUCACCUAUGUUUGCCCCACUGAAUUGGUUGCUUUCUCUGAUGCUAUUGAUUAAUUCAAAGCAAUUAACGCCGAUGUUAUUGCUAUCUCCACUGACUCUCACUUCACUCACUUGGCCUGGAUUAAGACUCCUAGAACCGAAGGUGGUGUUGGAAACUUGAAGAUUCCCCUCCUUGCAGAUAUUUCAAAGAAAAUCUCAAAGGCUUAUGGAGUCCUCGUUGAAGAUGAACUUGACGAAUUAUAUGGUGCUGCUUUAAGAGGUCUUUUCAUUAUUGAUGGAAAGGGAACCAUCAGAACUGUUUAAAUUAACGAUGCUCCCGUUGGUAGAAGCGUUGAAGAAACUUUGAGAUUAAUCAAGGCCUUCUAACACACUGAUACUCAUGGUGAAGUUUGCCCUGCUAACUGGUAACCUGGUCAAAAAACCAUCAUUCCUGAUUAAGAUUAAAAGAUCAAGUACUUCUCUAACGAAAAGAAGGAUCUUUGAGGAAAAAAUUAUUUUAAAAAAAUCAAAUUAAUGAUAAAUUCUAUCUUAAAUGAUAAAUAUGUUUUUUUUAUGUCAUUUGAUAAAUAAUAUGUUAAUAUUGACCAACUGACAAACUGAUAGUAUGAAAAAUUUUAAU